GAUAAUAUACACCCGCGUCGCACUGGAUCUUUUCUCUGGUCUCAAAAAGUAUCUAGAAAAAGGUUUGUCCCGAGAUCACUGCAAAGGUGUGGCGAACGUUCAACAUGUUCAGUUCGGAAGCAGUGAUCGAGUUUCUGAGUAGUGUGCCGUUGCUUCAGAGGCUUCCGAGUUCGUCUCUUCGGAGAAUCGCACAAGUUGUUACUGUUAAACAUUACGAUCCCCAAGAGUAUGUUGUUCGAGAGGGGGAGGCUGCGAAUGGACUGUACUUCAUAUGGGAAGGCGAGGCGGAGGUCUCUGGCUAUAUUCAUGCAGAUGAACAUAAUCGGCCAGAGUUCCAACUUAAGCGUUAUGACUACUUUGGCAACGGCGUGGCAGUGUCUGUGCAGCAAGCCGAUGUCAUUGCCCUCACUAAGCUGACCUGCUUACUGCUUCCGCAUGAGCAUUGCAGUUUGUUGCAGUCAAAGUCAAUCUGGAGUGCAGAACAAACUGCUGAAACAUGCUCAUUUGUCGAGAGCAUAUUGCAUCUUGAGCCUAUAGAAGUCGACAUAUUUAAAGGGAUCACAUUGCCUGGUACUCCACAUUAUGGGAAAGUGUUUGGAGGACAGUUCAUUGGACAGGCACUAGCUGCAGCUUCUAAAACUGUUGAUUCACUCAAGAUUGUUCAUAGCUUGCAUGUUUACUUCCUUUUGGGUGGGGAUCUUGAAAUUCCGAUUAUAUAUUAUGUUCAUCGUGUACGCGAUGGCAAUAGUUUUGCUACCCGAAGGAUAGAUGCAAUACAAAAGGGAAAUGUUGUAUUCACAAUGAUUGCCUCAUUUCAGAAGGAAGAAGUAGGGUUCGAUCACCAGUUACCAUCAAUGCCAGCUGUCCCUGAUCCAGAAUUGCUUUUAUCAAUGGAAGAUUUGCGGGAUAGGCGCCUUACUGAUCCUCGUCUUCCCAGAUCUUACCGAAACAAGGUUGCCACAACAAAGUUUACUCCGUGGCCUAUUGAUAUAAGGUUCUGCGAGCCUAAUAAUUCAACCAAUUACGACAAACGUCCCGCAAGUUUGAGUUACUGGCUUAAAGCAAAAGGAAAACUCUCAGACGAUGAGGCUUUGCAUAGAUGCGUUGUAGCAUACACUUCAGAUCUCAUAUUUUUAAAUGUCAGUUUGUAUCCUCACCGUGCAAAGGGUGUAAAGCCGACUUAUAUUAGCUUGGAUCACUCGACGUGGUUUCACCGGCCUAUUAGAGCUGACGAGUGGUUGUUGUUUGUGAUAUCGAGUCCUACUGCAUACAACGCCCGUGGAUUUGUUAGCGGCCAAAUUUUCAACAGAAAAGGAAAGCUUGUAGCAUCUGUAACUCAGGAGGGCUUAAUAAGGAAAGCUAGAACACCCUCCUCACCAGCUGUAUCAAAGUUGUAAAGUUACACCACCAGACUACACUUUUACAAAUAACAAAUGUGUCUUUAUUGGUAUUUAAAGCUCAUUGAUAUGAUAAUUUGUAGUUAAAAUACUUGUAGCACAAUUUGUUACAUAGUGAACCAUCUAUAGAUGUAUCUUUUUUUCAUGGGGUAAA